GGUGCCGCCGGCGCUGGGGAGCGCCCGAGCCGCGGCCCCGCCGGGCGGGAGGUGAGCUCCGGCCGCCUCCGCUCCGCCCCGUGCGGGAGCACGGUCCCCCGGCAGGGUGUUUGUGCUUCUCCGAGUCUCUCUCCCCGCCCCCGUCUCUCUCCCGCCCGCCCCGCCGGGACCUCUCCUCUCCGGGCGGCAGCAGAGCCGCCUCAGGGCGGGCGGCGGCAGAGGUGCCGGUGGGGCUCUCUCGCCGUCCAGCCCGCCGGGAACAUGGCGACCGGCGGCUACCGCAGCGCCGGGGGCAGCACCACGGACUUUCUGGAAGAGUGGAAAGCCAAGCGGGAGAAGAUGCGGGCGAAGCAGGCGCCAACGGCCCCGGGGGCGGCCGCCGGGGGGGAGCCCCGGCCCGCGGGGGGCGCCUGCUCCGCCGAGCUGAACAACAACCUGCCCCCCGGCGGCCCGGCCGCCCCCCCCGACCGCCCGGCGCCCCCCGCCGGCGGGGCCGUCAACUGCGUCAGCCUCGCCGCCGCCGCCGCCUUGGGCCGGGCCGCCCCCGGCAAGGAGCCGCCGCCGGCCCUCGCCGGGGGCCGCGGGGCAGAGCCUGCCGCCAAGCCCCCUCCCGCCGCCGCCGCCUCUGCCGCGCCGGGCUCCCCCGAGGGCGAGGAGAAGCUGGCCGCCAAGGGGAAGAGCUCGGGCCCCAGCGCCAGGAAGGGGAAGGGGCAGAUCGAGAAGAGGAAGCUGAGGGAGAAGAGGAGGUCGACAGGUGUGGUGAACAUCCCCGCCGCUGAGAGCCUCGAUGAGUAUGAAGAUGAUGAAGCAGGGCAGAAGGAGCGGAAGAAGGAGGAUGCUAUUACCCAACAGAAUACGAUACAAAAUGAGACUUCCAGUGGAGAUACCCCUGGCUCAUACUUAUUACAGGACUCCUCCAGGAUGGUUUCAAGCAGGUAUAAAAGCACAGCUAAUGCACCAGAAGACGAUGCUCCAAAUAGAUACUCCCGAACAGACAGGACAACUUACAGCAGAUACAGCAGGGAUGCAAAUUCUUCUGGCAGUUCUGUACCAAGUAAUGCUUUGGAAAAGAGGAUUGAGGAACUCGAAAGGGAACUUGCAAAGGAGAGACAGGAAAAUGCGAGAUUAAUGAAGAUGACACAGGACAAAGAGGAACUAAUUGGAAAGCUGAAGGAAGAAAUUGAUUUAUUAAACAGAGACCUAGAUGAUAUAGAAGAUGAAAAUGAACAAUUGAAGCAAGAAAAUAAAACCCUCUUAAAAGUUGUUGGACAGCUGACAAGGUAGAAGAUUCAAGCCUCAGUGAGGAAAGAUUUAACAAACUACUGAUUGAACGUUAAGGUCAAUAUAGUAAUACUUCCUGUGUUGCAGUAUGUUAUAAUAACUGUCUUUAUAUUUAUUGUUAGGAAACCAGAUGAAUGUUUAUUUUCAUAGUACUUUCUUCUUCAUUCAAUGAAAUGGCAUCAAAUUUGGGGUAUAUUUUUAGCUUUCUUUUCACGUAAGAAUAAUUAACGUUUUUGACGUAUUUCAAAAUAGUAAGUUCAAAAAUAUUCAGGUUUUGUAUCUUCAGAUUGCAUCUGGAUAAAUUACAGUAAUUUAAAAUUCAUAGCACCAAGAUCACUUUCAGUCCAUGUGGGUGUAUAUUUUUGAAAUGAAUGGAAGCAAUACAUAGAAGCUUUGUUUACACAGAUCCAAAAUAUAUAUUUUGGGAAAUAUUUCCUUUUGUGUUUAAACAGCUGUAAAGUGGAUGCCUUAUUACUGAUGUAUAACAUUUUGCAGAUUGAUUACUUGCUCUAAAACUCUUGUAUGUUGAGGUUUUUUUACUGUAUCUGAAAGACUUACAAUAUUAGAGAGUAGCAAUUUUUUUUUCUGUAUAACAGUAUUCUGGCAGGAGGGAGAGGUUUUAUUAAAAAAAAAAAACCAAACACAAACCCACCAAAAAACCACUAAGUCAGCUGUGGUAUCAGCAUUAAUGAGUUCCUAGAAUCAUAUUGAAGUUGUGCACUGCAGUUUAUUUUAAAGCUUUUGCUUUAGCGAUGAAAUGCAAGUUUGCUAUCAGACAGUAAGUUUGUUUGCUGUGUUGAGAAUUCAAACAAAGCCUGGAGCUUUCAUUUUAGCAAAGACACUUUUUCAAUACUCUUCUACUUAAAGCUGUCAUCUUAAAGUUUGUAGUGAUCAUAGCCAAUAUAAGUUUUUUGAUGUUUUCAUUUUUUAAGCUGGGUGAAGAUUUUUGUACAUAACAAAGUAGAGGGGCAUACAAGUGAUUCAUGCCCUUUUGAAACAUCAAAUGGUUUAAAAAACCCUUUUAUCCUUGAUUUUAAACUAACAAGGUGUUUAAAAAGUGCCUAUUUAGAUGUUACAAUCCACUUAUGACUGUGUACUGAUUCUUCUAUAACAUGAGAGUAGACAAAAUUUUCACUUGACGUUAACCACAGACCUCAGUUAACAAUUCUCUUCAAAUUUCAGAUUAACAAGAAUUUUAUGUACUUUAUUUCAUCUUAAUACGGCACAUUUUUCAUUCCUGAUCAGAAUAAAUGUAUAUGUUGUUUGAGUCAGGACACUAGAAAUGAAAACAUUUUGAAGAGUCCAGGCUUUUUCUUGACGAUUUUGAAGUUUGGUGUCAGAAAGUUGCAUGCAUAUAGUUUUUGUUACCUUAAAACUUAAAGGCAACUUUAAGAUAUAAAAACGAUGACCUUUUCAGAUUUGCCAGUUGUUUUCAUAAUGUGUAUUUAAUGACUGUAAGAGUUUCUUAAAGUUCAAAUCCAGGUAAUAUUGUUACGGCUUGGAUUGCUUUGGAUAUAGGAUAGGUUAUUUUGCAUUUGUAUAUUCUAAUGAGGAGGAACUUUUCAAAGCUUUAAAGUAUUUUUCAAGACACUUAUAUUCCAGGAUGCCUUGGUGUUUUCUUUCACAGUGGAUGAGAUCCCAAUUAGACACCAUUUAAAACCUUUACUCAGGGGUUUAAAUGGUAUGGGGGGGGGGUUUGUAUAGGCCCUCUGAACUACGAUAUACACCAGUGAAUAUUGCUUUCAAUAUUAUUCAAACAGUACAAAGUCCCUUAAUUUAUCAGUUUUAUGAAAUUAAAAAUCUAAAGUAAUAAAAAAUCAGUUGAGAUGUAUGCCUUCUGAAUAAAUGUGAAACUUUCUCUGGAAGAACAUCUGAUUUCCUUCUCUGUGUGCUAGGUAGGAAAUGUACAUACAGAUUUAUGGCAUGGGAUGUCAAACAUAUUGAAGCAUCAUUAAGGAGUUAAUGCAGAACACACAGAUAUUAAUACGAAGUUGUUAAUGAGGUAUUUCAUAAACUGUAUUUCACGUACAUUUUAAACCAAAGAACAGUAACAACAGAGAACAUAAACAAAAAUCACUUGUCUUCAUAUUACCUCUUCUUGGUUCGCAUGUGUAUUGACUAAAACUUAGCAGUAGUAAUGCCGAAAUUAGAACUUUUUUUUUUUUUUUGUUCACUUGGACAUCUAGCUGACAGGAAUAUUUGGCAGAAGUACUUCUGAUACCCUACCUCGAAGAGGUACUGGCAAGGGAAGUUUCCAAAUAUUUGAAACCAGUAAUGCUUCAGCCAGAACAUGUGAACAAAGGAGCUGUCGGGUACUCACAGAUAAAAGUACCUGAGGACAUUAUCAUUGUUGUUUAUUAUAAAAAUAUAAAGCUCUUCAUGGUUUUAAAAAUUCCCACAAAUUGUAUCUUGAAGCAUAACACUCCGCUGACAGUUUGGAAGAUUUAGAUGAUGUUUUGGAAAAAAGUACGUCAGUAACAAUUCAUUAUUGCUUACAUUAUCAGACUGUUGGGAGAAGUUUAGUAGAUUCUAGGAAAAAUGAUGUAUUGCGUAGAAUGUUAAUAAUUGUCUAUUCAUUUCUUGUCAUUAUCUUUUUAUUUCAGUAGGGUAACCUUAUAGUCAAGCUUAAACAUAGAGUAAGUUUUUUUCCUAGGUGAUUUGAAGGUGUUAAAUUAGCUACCUUACCAGCAGUUCACUAACCCAUGUCCAUAUCCUUGCCAGUCCAAUACCUCGAUUGUUUUUAGUUGUGUGAUUUAAAAGCAGAGAAAGCACUCUAAGUGGGAACCCACCUCACUUGGAAAGGCUGUGGGAUUCCUGAAUGAAUCUGGUUAUUAACGUACCUAGACUAAAUUAAUUUACUAGGGCUUUUUCUGGGGGGGGGGGGGGGGGGGGGGGGGGCGGGGGGGCACAUUAGUAUGCAAUAUUAAUUGUAUGGGUAAGUCUCUUGGAGAUUUCUGAACUUUAAUGUCUUAAAAUUCAUACCAAACCACUUAGGUCUAGCAUCUGUGUUUCUGGGUAACUUGGGUCAUCUAGGAAAUGUAGACAGAAAAGUACUCCCAUUGACUAAAGCAACUAAGAAAAUUUUUUUUGGAGAUACUUCAAUAUCGAACAGCACAUAAUUCCUAUUUUGAUAAUGCACAAUGAUACUCCUGUUAUGGUCACAUAUAGAAAAUAUAUACUACAUCCAGAACUGAAGGUUAAAAUGGUGCAGAAAUAUUUUUAUCAUUGAUAAUAUGCACUAAUGUUUGUGGGAUUUAUUCCCUAAAGAAGAGGUUCAACCAUAUAUAAAAGUUGGUGAUUUUUACAAGGAAAUUCAAAGUAGCUCAUUUUCCAUUUUUUAAAUAAUUAAAUGGCCAUGUUUAUAGUUCAGUGUUACUUGAUGUGACUAUUAACUGAAAGAGUACAGUCUGUAUUUGCAAAUGAGUGGUUUUUUCUGUCUUAAAAGCAAAAUUUUUCUUGGUUAAUGACCAGAUUUGUAUUUACACAUUCAGAGAUUAAUUAUUUCUGUGUUAGAUUGGCUCUGAAUUUGAGAGGUAGAGUGAGAAAAGAGGGUAACAAGAAAUAAAUCAAUGACUUCCAAAGUAGGAAGUAUAACCUAAUUUUUUUUUUUUUUUUUUUUUAAUUCAGCUGUACUGAGAAUUAGCUGUGGAGAGAUUUAUGAUUGGCAUAAGUACUACAAAAAAUACAGUGGUUUUAGUAUGUUGGAAACAACUGAUUAACCUACAUCAAAGCUCUUUUCAACUUGUCUGCUAUCAUUACAGCUUGGAAGCUUGCUACCAUAAGGGAGACCAAAAGGAAUAGUGGAGAUCAAAUUACCUAUUAAGAUUUUGCUAGGAGAGCAGAGUUACACUGACUCCAGCUUUUAUGGUUUUCUGUAAGUUCUUCGUGGCUAUUUCCAGCUUGAAUUGAAACAAAUCAGUAUUAGUAGCCAGGAGGAAAGGUAAUUAUUUUUAAUUAAUUUUUAAUAAAGGGAAACAAAUACAUGAGUAAUAACUAUGGAUACCAUUAACAUAUGACUGAGUUGUCAGUAUUUCUUGGGCUCAGACCCUUUAUGAGUAUGUCAGUUGAGUCGGUCCAUUUGCAUCAGUAUUAAUGAUCAUAAACAUCUGACGUUUAAUAAGAAGCAACUAUUUUAGUUGGAGAAAUUACCAUUGCAAGCCAUGACUUAAAAACAGUACAAUAAAAAAAAUUCGUGCUGGUACUUGUAGCUGCUACGACUAAGAGGCCAAGGAUUAUACUUAAAAGUUUUGUUAAAAAUGAAACAAAUGAAUUCUGGAUCUUGGAAGUUAAUGAUACAGAAGUUCACUACAGAUCUGUUUCAUGCUGGUCAUUCUGGUGUUGAUACCUGCAAAAGGUAUUGACACCAGCAUUUCUAGAAGCAUUUCUACUUCUGUUAAGCAUUUCUUUAGGACUACUUAAAUAUAUCCAGGACAAAAAGGACUUUCAUACGUAUUUUAGUAGCAUUCAUGAUCUUCCAAGUACGUUGACUUACUGUAGCAAAUCUCCGCCUACCAUUUCUCCUUGUACUGUAGCAGAUGUACAUUACCCUGUUAAUAUAAUCCUUUUGCUUUUAUUUCUGGUGUAACCAUUCUUCUUCAGGGCUAGUUGUGAUCUUUCUGGUCUGGAAAAAUUGUGAUAGUUGAGUUUUUCUCUGAAAAUAGUCUCAUAAUCAUAAUGCAGAGUCAUUUUUUUUAAAUACCCAUUAUAUGCAUUUAAAAAGUUGAAGCAUCAUUAAGCUAUAAAUAACUAAAUAUCCAUUUUAGUUUUGAACAUUGACUAGUUGUGAUAUUAUUUGUGAUAUCAGAUUAAAAAUUAUGUUGAGAUUCUUGCUAUUGCAGGUAAAAGAUACGUGUUUAAUCUAACAAUAAAGACUGUGUGCCUUUGUCCAAAUAAAACAAAAUUCUUUUUAA